AGAGUCCAGGCCCAAAUAAAGCCAUGGGGGCCGGGGCAGGGCUGGGCCCCCCUCUGCUAUAAAUACGCUGGCCGCCUGGAGGCUCGGGUUUGGUGGUUGGGGCUUGGGACCAACGACCACCACUGCAGCUGCAGCCUUCCUCAAGAGAGUCUCCUCCGUGUACUCCUCAUCCUCAUCAGCCUCAUCCUGGUCAUUCUGGGCAGCCAAGAUGCCUCGCGUGGACUCAGACCUCAAGCUGGACUUUAAGGAUGUCCUCUUUAGACCCAAGAGGAGCAGCCUGAAGAGUCGCUCAGAGGUGGACCUUCAGAGGACCUUCACAUUCCGCAACUCCAAACAGACCUACACCGGCAUCCCCAUCAUCGCUGCCAACAUGGACACCACGGGGACAUUUGAGAUGGCGCAGGUCCUCAGCAAACACACCCUCUUCACAGCCAUUCAUAAACACUACUCUGUCGAGGACUGGAAAAACUUUGCUGCUACUCAUCCGGACUGCCUGGAGCACGUAGCUGCCAGCUCAGGCAGCAGCGCUGCAGAUCUAGAGAAGCUGUGUGCCAUUUUGGAAGCCGUCCCCACCCUCAAGUACAUCUGUCUGGAUGUGGCCAACGGCUACUCUGAGUACUUUGUGGAGUUUGUCAAGACGGUCAGAGAAAAGUUCCCAAAGCACACCAUCAUGGCUGGGAACGUGGUCACAGGGGAGAUGGUGGAGGAGCUCAUCCUCUCCGGAGCUGAUAUCAUCAAAGUGGGCAUCGGGCCAGGGUCCGUGUGCACGACUAGGAUCAAGACCGGAGUGGGCUACCCACAGCUCAGUGCUGUAAUAGAGUGUGCAGACUCAGCCCAUGGACUCAAAGGACACAUCAUCUCUGAUGGCGGCUGCAGUUGCCCAGGAGAUGUAGCGAAGGCCUUUGGUGCAGGGGCUGACUUUGUAAUGAUGGGAGGAAUGCUGGCGGGCCACGACCAGUGCACCGGAGAGGUCAUCGAGAAGAACGGCAAGAAAUACAAACUGUUCUACGGCAUGAGCUCCGACACAGCCAUGAAGAAAUAUGUAGGAGGAGUUGCUGAGUACAGGGCGUCUGAGGGGCGGACGGUGGAGGUUCCCUACAGAGGAGAUGUGGAGAACACCAUCCGUGACGUGCUGGGAGGCCUCCGCUCCACCUGCACCUACGUGGGCGCCGCUAAGCUCAAAGAGCUGAGCAGGAGAACCACCUUUAUACGUGUCACACAACAGUCCAGCCAAAUGUUCAUUUCGUAGACUGUACACACGUCCACUCACACACACACAGGCUACGUAAUAUGCAUUGUGAAAUAGGCCAGAGUUGUAACACGUACAGGAGAAAGAUACACAUAUCUACAUGAUCACCCAACCUGUUUUUCUCAGGAUAUCUAUUAGUUUCCUGCAGGUUGUGAUUAAAAGAAACUUGAAACACUCUCCCAGAAGAACCACAGUGCUCUAAUCAACUUUAUCCUAGAGAGAGUGCGUUUACAUGCUUAGCGACACUAUAACAUGCUACUGAAUGUACCAGAUUUUUAUUUUCCACUGGGCGCGAGACAGCAAGACUACUGAGAAAUGCAUACUUCAGAUCUGAUAUUUCAAAAAACUCCUUUAACUUGUGUACAUGCAGGAGUGGUGAUAUUUUAAGAUGAAAUAAACAAGAUUGUGAGCUACGUGCAUGUAAACACACUCAGCAGGAGGAGGCUGAUACCGUGCUGAGAUCAUUUGGGGAAAAUUUGCUCCACUGUAUGUUGGAAUGAAUAUGUAAAUCAAUAUGCAAGAUUCAGAGACGUCCCCCUUUAACUGUCACUGGAGAAAUCAUGCCGCAAUAAAUGCAUGCAGGACCCUCUGCUAAUUUC